GGUACUCAUGCAACCCGGCUUAACAACAGUACCUGAUCAUCACUGGCACAGUUGAUAUUAAGUCAUGAAAGUGAAGUGGUGAAAGUACAUAAAGACAAUGGCAGCGGCUACAUACUUUUUGCUGUUCAUAUUAUUAAGUUCGUCGUGCGAGGCUUCUAAGAUCCUGGUGGUAGUUACCAUGCCGUCCAGGAGUCAUGGAAAUCUGGGCAAUGGAGUUGUGAGAGAAUUGCUGAAAGCUGGUCACGAGGUGACGUACAUCAGAAUCUUUGAGUAUAAGAAUCCUCCACCAAACCUUCGCCAGAUUGAUGUUAGCAGCAAUAUUGAUUUAAUGCCAAAGGGCAUCAUGAACAUCAAGAAAAUCAUGGACAAGGAUGUGGCAGCAAAUGAUCACAUCACAGUGAAGAUGAUGAUGCUGGAACUAGCUACUAAAACAAUAGAGCAUCAAAAUGUUAAGAAGCUUCUAGAAGACCCUAGUGAACAUUUCGACUUGGUCAUCGUUGAUUGGAUGCUCGCUGAUGUUCCUGCGGGCCUAGCGACAGUCUUCGGUUGUCCUCUGGUCUGGCUGUCCCCCAUGGAAGUCAACUCAUUAGACAUCAGUCUCAUUGAUGGAGCACCACAUCUUGCAUAUUCAACGGGUGCGUUUUCUUCAAACAUGCCACCAUUUAACUUCUUGCAGAGAGCUCAAGAGUUGUGGACCAGAAUCAAAGCACGAUACUAUGAACUUAAGCAUUUCGAUCGUAUGGAGUUAGAUGCUUAUGAGAGGCUAAUAGUGCCUUAUGUGGAGAAGAGGGGUCGCCAGGCCCCAUCCUUCUAUGAUGUGAGAUACAACGCGUCCCUAAUACUGGGAAACUCACACGUUUCUAUGGGACAGGCUCUUGCAUUGCCACAGAACUACAAGCCUAUAGGAGGAUACCAUAUCGAUGAGGAUGUGAAGCCUUUACCUGAGGAUUUAGAAAACAUUAUGAUGAGUGCCAAAAAUGGAGUAAUAUACUUCAGCAUGGGAUCCCACUUGAAGAGCAAAGACUGGCCUGAAAAGGUGAAACGAGACCUACUGAACAUGUUCGGCCAACUGAAACAUACAGUGCUUUGGAAGUUUGAAGAAGACUUGCCCAAUCUGCCCAAAAAUGUUCACAUCUUAAAGUGGGCACCACAAGCGAGCAUUUUAUCUCACCCAAAAUGCGUGCUCUUCAUAACCCAUGGAGGUCUCCUAUCCACUACAGAAACCAUCCACUACGGCGUCCCCAUUAUUGGCAUACCUGCAUUUGGAGACCAAUUCAUAAAUGUUAAAAGAGCUAUCAACAAAGGCUUUGCUUUGGAAGUUAAACUAUCAUACACUGUGGCUGCAGACUUAAAAGCAGCUAUUGAAGAAAUACUUCACAAUCCCAAAUACAGACAAAAGGUGAAAGAGCUUUCCUUCAUAUACCACGAUCGUAUCGCGAAGCCUGGAGAAGAAUUACUACAUUGGGUGCAUCACGUCAUCAACACAAAUGGUGCCCCCCAUUUACGAUCCCCAGCGCUUCAUAUACCACUAUACCAGCGCCUAUAUUUAGACCUACUAGGCCUAAUAUCAGUUGUCGUACUACUGUUUUUCAUACUGUUAAGAGUUUUAUGUAAACUUGUAUGUUCUAAGAAACAGAAAGAGACGAGAGUGAAGGCAGUUGGCAAAAAGUUGGCCAAAUUAAAUUAAAAUGUUAAUGUAAUGGAAGUAUCUGCAUACACCUACUGUUCAGUCAGUUUGGGAUCAGGUUAUGUAAAAAGUCUCAAUCAUAGGACCUAAAGAUGAUGUAGUCCCCAUAUCGGCAGUAACAUUAAAUUGUGUCAUAUUUAGGUGAUAGCAAUGUGUAUCGACACACAUUGCUAUUUGAUUUGACACUGUCGAGGCCAUAUUAUAAAUAAAAAUUCUUUAUCAAUAUCUGUAAAUAACAGCUUUAAUAAAUAAAUAAAUGCUACUGUUUAA